AACGAUUAGAAUUUCUGUAAUGGUUUUUGUUGUUCUAUUUUCUUAUUUAAAUCUAUCUAUCUAUCUACAGUAUUUCUCUCUCUCGCACACACACACACACAGAGAGAGAGAGAGAGAUUUAGAUACGAUAUUAUAUGGUAAAACUGUUCACAUCUAUUUAAAUUUAAACGGCUUCAAACUAGCUGGUCGUUGUUUAUUUAUUUACUAUCUGGCAACCCUACACCUCCUAUACCGGAUGGCGGCGUGUAGAGAUGACGUCAUCCAAAAGAGGCGAACCGCGCUUUAAAGCGCACUGCGCAUGCGUCUCCUUGUCUACAUGCUCAGCUGCUCUGUGUGUGUGGGUGAAUGAGUCGAGGUGGCAGCUAAAGAGCCAAAACACACACUCUGACGCUUUAGAACCGGCUCCGUUAAACCCGGGAUCACUUCACGAACCCUUUAAAAAUCACCAGAGGGUUGAUCCUGAGUCAUGACCCAGACCUCAGCCAAUGGCUGCACCCAGCUGACCUUGACCUUUGCCCUCAUCCUGUCCCUUGGCCUGUUAUGUUGGCCCUUGGGAGAGGUCAGAGGUCAGACGGAGCUCCGUCCUGCUCAGAUGCUGCAGGAUCUCCUGAGCCGGUAUGGAGAAAACGGGACCAUCUCGGUGCCGCAGCUCCGGUUGCUCCUCGUGCGCCUCGGCACGGAGCAGAGCGGAGAAAACGCACCAGACACGACGGCCACGACGUCGACAUCCAUGACCGCGACUUCCAUGACCAACCACUCGACGUGUUUAGCUACAGGCACUCUGGCGGCUCAUGGUCUGAAUGAGAAGUCCCGUUUGGACGGGCCGGGCCUGCAGGAGUUCUGUCCCACCAUGCUGCACCAGCUGGACACUCGAGUGUGUCGAGAUGAACAGGAGCAGGAACCAGAACCGAGCGCCAAACCGUCCAACGCUGAAGUGUGGGGUUUUGCUGUGCUCAGUGUAACUGUAGUGAGUGUGUUUGCUCUGACCGGUGCAUUUGUGGUGCCACUGAUGAGGACACGCUUCAUGCGCAGAGUCCUCGUCUUUUUCAUCGCUCUGUCCAUCGGGACGCUCUUCUCCACCGCUGUCUUCCAGCUGCUGCCGGAGGCUUUCGGUUUCGACCCCAUGGAGGCGUACUACGUGUCCAAAUCCGCCGUCGUCUUCGGAGGUUUCUAUCUGUUCUUCUUUAUGGAAAAAGUCCUCAAGAUGAUCCUCAAACCGAAACAUGGGGGAGGACAUGGUCACAGUCAUUUCCCAGUGGGAAACAGCGACAUGGAGGACGGCGUGAUGGAGAAGCUGCAGAACGGACAGGCAGGAGGAGCGGUGUCCUUGCCUCAAGUAGAGGGAGAGAUCAGAGAGGACGACAAAAUGCUGAGCACCGGACAAACGGCGCAGGACUCUCAAGGGGGGUGUUACUGGUUAAAGGGUCGAGCGUAUUCUGAUAUCGGCACCCUGGCGUGGAUGAUCACUCUCAGUGACGGACUCCAUAACUUUAUAGACGGUUUGGCCAUCGGGGCCUCGUUCACUGCCUCGGUGUUCCAGGGAAUCAGCACGUCAGUGGCCAUCCUGUGUGAGGAGUUUCCCCAUGAACUGGGUGACUUUGUGAUCCUGCUGAACGCAGGAAUGAGCAUCCAGCAGGCUCUGUUCUUCAACUUCCUGUCAGCUUGCUGCUGUUAUUUGGGAAUGGUCUUCGGGAUCCUGGCAGGAAACCAAUUCUCGCCGAACUGGAUCUUCGCUCUGGCAGGCGGAAUGUUCCUCUACAUCGCGCUGGCUGACAUGUUUCCUGAGAUGAACGAAGUGAGUCGUGAGGAAGAGGAAGCUGGAGGAAGCGCGAGCCUCGUGACCUUCGCCAUCCAGAACGCCGGCCUGCUAACCGGUUUCAGCAUCAUGCUCCUCCUGACCGUUUACUCAGGACAGAUACAGCUCGGAUAGCACCGGACAUGAUGGACUCGACUCGACCAUUUUAACCUUUAACCCCGGCCUCGGAUUGAGGAUCUGCCCAUUGAGAAGUGAGUGCAGGACUCGGAUUUGAGCUCUAUGCCUGAGAUUAACUGUGCAAUGCUGAAUGAACUCUGAGGAGCUGCUGAUAGGCUCGAGGAGGGGGGGGGGAAAACCUCACUCUGAGCCAAACUUGAACUGACGUACAAUAUGCAUUUGUGAUGUUUUUCCUUCGUUUUCUUCUGUAUCGUGACGUUUCUUCUUUGGUUUUCCUCGGACUUGUCUGUCACCAUGAUGGACCGGUUUGAGGCGAGCGCUUUGAUCGUCUAAUAGUCCACACGUGAUCUGUUUCAGCUCCAUGUUUGUUUAUUCAGCCGUCAUGUGGUUGUGUUUUUUUUUGUUGUUGUUUUUUUGUUUUGUUUUAACGCUCGAAGUUUGGUUUCACUACCAUAUUUGAAAAGUAUUUGAAGUUCGCUGACCAUGUUGUAGACUAGCUCAAGUCCUAUACUGUCCUGUGCACUAAAAAACAGGUUACUAGUUUUAUUCUCCGGUCCUGCUACAAACAAAUUCUGAGAUAAAACAUAACACACUGCAAAUGUCAAACUGGACGACUAGACUGCAAAUCCAUACGUUUGUUCUCUGCGGCAGAUAAUUAAGUUCCAAUCCUGUUUUCUACACACCCUUGUUGACUUCCCCUAACAACUCGGAGAUACUCGCAACCUAACGGAAGGAAAACCGUGCCGUUAAAGCCGUUUCUUCAGAACGUUUGUGUGUCUUUUAGCAUAUUUAUGACCUUUUAAGACACAUUUUUUUCCACAAACGGCAAAAUUUUCUCGGAGAUCCUGUCAUCGGCUCGUGUUAGCCAGACAGAUGUCAUGAACACUGAAGAUCUUGAAAUAUUACUUUAAAAUAAUCCCAAAUCAUGCCCGAUUAGCUCAAUAUCCUGCUCACAAGUUUUAGCAAAUGAAAGUCAGCUAGAGGUAUGUCAAUUUAGCUUAUGCUAGUCAGCUAGCUAUCUUUAGCAGAUAAACAUUUAUGACUUAAAAUUCUCUUCGAAAUCCUGUCAGGGGAGCUCCUGUUCGAUUUUGCUCAAAGAGGCAAGUUUUUCUCCGAUCCUGUCAUCAGCUGAUGUUAGCCAGCUAGCUAGAAGAUUACAUGAAAUCCUCUCAGGUUAGCUUCUAUUAACCUGCUCGCUAUUUGAAUAGGUUUAGCAAAUGAACUUGAUCAGCCAAAAUCCUUUCAGAAAUCCUGUCAGAUUAGCUUGGGUUAGCCAGCUGCUUAGCGAUAGUGGCUGAAAAUGUAUGAAAAUGAUAUAAAAUCCUCUCAGAAAUACUUGCAUCGGUUACUAGUCUCCUUCUAGCUAGCGCUGUGAUUUUAAAAUCCUGACAGAAAUCCUGUCAUUAAUUAAAGUUCUCCAUCUAGUUAGCAUUAAGAUAAAAAAAAAUUAAAAAUCCUCUCAGAAAUCCUGUCAGGUUUGUUCAUGUUAGCUAGCUAGCGGAUAAACAUUCCAAAAUAUGACUUAAAAUCCUCUCAGAAAUCUGGUCAGAUUAGCUCAGGUUAGCCAGCUGCUUAUAGCUAGCUUUUAGCUAUGAUUUU